UGUGGGAAACACAUAGUGAUGUUGUUGUUAUGCCUCCUCCGGACAGGAUAAUGCCAGGAGGACCAAAAAAUAAUGACCAAAUCAAAGAUCCAAGCGAAGAAGCUUCUUCACAGAAUUCUCAAAAGUCUAUAGUGACAUGUAGCAAUUGCGCACAAACAGGGCAUAACAAACGCACAUGUCAAAUAGAGCCGGUGCCUAAGCCACCUAAUAUGCCUCAAGAAUUUCCUUCUUAUCAUGCGAAAGCUAUCAUGACAUGUAGCAAUUGUCAACAAACUGGAAACAACAAACGCAAAUGUAAACGCGAACCAGUUUCUAAACCACCCAAUUUGCCUCCAGGAAGACCUUCAAAAAGGCAAAAAACCAUCCAAUGAACUUAGCUUGUCACAUGAAGUCUUGCUUUUUUGGAUUUUGAUGUUGCAACAUGUUUAAUUUUGAUGUUAAUCGUGUUUUCAUCAUUUUUAUGUUUCAAUAGGUUUAAAUACUCAGAUUUGUAAUG